AUGAAUGCAGAAGAAAUAGAAGUGCUUGGGCCAGAGUCAGGCGACUUUGGAAAUUGUGCCAGUCCGAGGCUGGACUCACCGGCAAUCCACGUCUCUCCCUUCUCAAGUUCGGCCAACUCUUCAGCUAGACCUCGACUAUUGCCAAUAGUCUCGCAAAACGACCGAGUUGACCCUGUCUCAUGGCCACUACGUAGCAGACAUUGCACAACAGCAGAAGAUGUUCAUCAGUUUCGCAAAGAGAAUUCGGGGACAAAUGAAAGCUCUCCUAGUCCCAUAGAAGAAGACCUAGGCGAACCCCAUGAGCCGCCAUAUCACGUUGAUCCAGAAACAUUACUCAGAACUAAGUCUCUGCGAUCAAGAAUUAUCCAGAUUCAGGACUCGCGGAUUUUUCCCCCCAGCGAUUGGUUUCUGGCUGCCAUGGAGGAAAGGCUUGUUAGAUGGAGGCCGCCAGUACCGCAGGCCAAUGUGGAUGAUGCUCUAAGAGGCCAUCAUCCCUAUCAGAUCAAAAUUCCGACACAACUUCAAGGAAUAAUUAGUGAUCACGGUGUGCCCUCGAGGAGUUUGAGCACGAGUGAUUCGGAGGUGCUAAAGCGGCAUCUUCAGAGAACAAACCGGAUGCAAGAGGGUUCGAGUAGGCAGCUCGAAGCAAAGGCUACAGAUGUCACACAACUUGGUGAAAUUGUUGAAAUUUCAGAAAACGAGCCCAAUCACAAAAACACCUCCAACUCUAGCACAAUGUCAACCAACGAGUGGGUUCAAGGUCUGAACCAAGCAAUGCCUCCUAACUCUUCUGACUCCUUCUUCGUUCCUCUAGAAAAGCAGAAGUUUUCAGAGUUGACUACUCUUCCACCAUCAAGCAUUUUCAGACCAAGCUUCCCUCUAUCCAGAAGUGAGCUAGUUGAAGCCCAAGACAGUUCAGAACUUUCAGAACUUCAUCCCAUGAGACCAAGAACAUACACUGCCUCUCCAUUUGAUCCCGAGACUGUGCUAGAGCAGUUUGGCAAGGACCAGCAGUAUUCCCAUGUCGAAGCGAGAUCCUGGUACUGUUUCUGUUGA